UGUUCUCAACAGCCUUCCAAUACUGCAUAGUGUUACAGUUUACAGCUUGGAAAAGCCAGGCAUGAUUCUUCUUACUGUACUUUUUCCAUGCAUCAUUUCCACAUACUCGGCAUCAGUGAAAGGCCACAAUACUGGUCCACGAAUUAACAAUGACAAGAUAUAUAAGUUUGCCUACUCCACAGAAGUGCUUAUCAACAGGCUGAAAGGUACACCCCAGGAGAGCUCAGGCUACCGAAUUGUGGCUGGAGUGGAUGUCAACUUAGUAUGGAGGAAUCCGGAUAAUGAUGAUGAUCAGCUGAUCAAAAUUGCGUUUACAGAUAUAAGUGUGGAGAAUGUUGCUGAUCGCCCUCCAAAGAAAAACAUUUUUAAAGGGAAAAAGAUGGACGGAUUCAUUGAAAAAGAGCAACUUGCUGCCCUAAAAAGGCCGAUAGUUCUGCAAUGGACCCUUGGAAAGAUUAAAAACUUCUAUUCCUAUGAAAGUGAACCUGCUCUGAUUCAGAAUCUCAAGAGAGGUCUCGCCAGCUUGUUCCAGAUCCAGAUGCACUCUGGGACUGUCACUGAGGUGGAUGUCUGUGGUCAAUGCAAUGUUACUUACCAGGUUCGAGAAAAUCAAGUCACUAAAAUUAAAGCCUUGAGCAGUUGCAGAUUAGAACGGACAGGUUUUACCAGCCACAAUCAGCUUCUAGAUGUCAGCAAAAAAUCCACUUCAGCCACAAUUUAUAUGCUGGAGGACACUUUUAUUAAAUCUGUGCGGACAGAGGAAAAUCAUGCUUUGCAUGUGAACAUUCAGCAAGAAAUUGAUGCAAAAGUAGUUUCAAAGCAGAAACUGGAACUGAAGUCCACAGAAGCUGGCCCAGGAAUGAUGGCUGGGAAGCACAUUGCUAGCAUUGUCAAAGCUCUGGAUCCAAAGUAUGUCUCAGUUUCACUAGUGGCACAGGCUGUCUCAGAUGAAUGCAACGACUGUCCCUCGGUUUUUCAGGAGUGGGAAACUGUCCGAAAACAGUUGAAACCAGCCAGCCUUUCAAAAGCUGAUGCUGCAAAAGCAUUCUUGUCCUUCAUUCAGAAAGUGCGGAAAGCUACAAAAGAAGAAAUCCUUCAGAUAUUGAGAAGUGAAAGUAGCACAGAGAUUAUUCCCCAGCUAGUUGAUGCUGUAACCUCUGCACAGACCUCAGCCUCUCUGGCGGCUUUGCUGGAUUUUCUGGAUUUCAAGAACAAGAGUGGCUCUGUGUUGCAGGAGCGGUUCCUCUAUGCCUGUGGAUUUGCUUCACACCCCAAUGAGUUGCUACUCAAAUCCUUAAUUAAUACAUAUAAUCACAAGAUUGAGAAGAGUGAAAUCCGAGAAACAGUUAUUAUCGUUGCUGGAGCCCUUAUCCGAAAGUUGUGUGACAAGGGAGACUGCAAACUGCCGGCUAUCGUGGAAGCCAAGAAACUGAUAUUCGGAAGCUUGAACAGGGCAGAGAAAGCUGAUGAGGUGAAGGUCUACCUGCUGGCACUGAAGAACGCUCUCUUGCCUGAAGCUAUUCCCACACUUCUGAAAUAUGCCGAGUCAGGAGAAGGACAAAUCAGCAAUGUGGCUGCCACUGCUUUGCAGAGAUAUGACCGCUCUUUCAUCACCACUGAGGUGAAGAAAACAAUGAACAGGAUUUAUCACCAGAAUCGUAAAGUUCAUGAGAAGACCGUGCGCACCACAGCAGCGGCCAUCAUCCUCAGCCACAACCCUUCCUUCAUGGAAGUGAAAAAUCUCCUGCUCUCCAUUGGAGAGCUGCCACUGGAAAUGAAUAAGUACAUGCUUUCUCUCGUCCAGGACAUUCUCCGUUUUGAAAUGCCUGCCAGCAAAAUGAUCCGCAGAGUUCUGAAGGACACACUUAUUAAUAAUUAUGACCGAUUCUCAAAGAUGGGUUCUUCUUCAGCCUUCUCUGGGUACCUAACACGUGGACCAGAUGUGUCAUCCACAUAUAGCCUUGACAUCCUCUAUUCUGGCUCUGGCAUCUUAAGAAGAAGUAACCUGAAUGUGCUCCUUUUCAAUAAACAUGCUCACCUUCAUGCCAACCAGGUGGUAAUUGAAGCUCAGGGCCUGGAAUCCAUUAUAGCAGCAUCUCCAGAUGAGGGUGAAGAAAACCUGGAAUCCUUUGCUGGCAUGUCAGCAAUCAUGUUUGAUGUUCAACUUAGACCAGUUACCUUUUUCCAAGGGUAUGGCGAUUUAAUGUCUAAAAUGUUUUCGGCCACUGGAGAUCCCAUAAAUGUAGUGAAAGGCCUUAUCCUCCUCACGGAUUACUCACAGGUCAUCCAGCUACAAUCUGGCCUGUCGUGCAGCACUGAAUUUCAGGGAGGCAUGGCCAUCGAUAUUUCAGGAGGAAUGGAAUUCAGCCUUUGGUAUAGAGAAUCUAAAACCAAUGUUAAGAAUCGGGGAGCCGUGGCAAUUGUUGGCAACAUUGUUGUGGAUGCCUCCUUUGUGAAGGCUGGCAUGGAAACUACCUCUGAAGUCGAAGCAACCCUGGAUUUUAUCUCCACGGUGCAGUUUUCACAGUACCCCUUUUUAGUGUGCCUGCAGAUGGACAGAACCGAAAGUCCACUCAGGCAAUACAUAACUAAAUACGAAAGUCUACCAUCUGGAAAACCUUACAUCUCUCGGAAAGGAAAAGUGAGGCUGCUGGCAGGUUCCGAGUAUCCCCUUCACCAGGAGAAUUUCCACAUGUGCAGGGAAGUUUUCAGCAGCCAGUCCGAGUCCUCAAGCUGGUUUUGAGAUGGGUGCUCAGUCGUCCCUGUGACCACAGAUGGCUGACUGCUGUGCUAGCCGAGGGCCUGAAUCUACUCUGCGCAAAGUGACAGUCCAUGAGAACUUUGCUACCAACUUCAAGAGGCCCUUGAGUGUGUGUGCACUGUGUUUACAUAUUGACUUAUAUUUAAGAGUUGGUUGUUUGGGGGGUUUUUUAACAAGCAAAGGAAAGAGUAUGACUAAAUUCAGUCCCCGAUAGCCCAAUUGGAUGCAAUGUAGCAGAUCCCUGCUUGGAUCUCCCAACAUCUUUUCUUUUUUUAAAAAAAAGGUAGCUGGGGGAGGUGAAGUCACUUUGGAAUGAUACCACAAUACUGCAAAGAGAGGAUUUUUGUUUAACCCAUUGUCUGUCUUUUCCUGACCCACCACACCAGUUGAUUUUUGUAACUUUAAAUCACUCCGUCUAACCUAAAAACUGCUAUUAGCCUUAGAGAGGGAAAAGACAUUCUGUACUGUAUUUGUCCUUUUCCUCCUCUGUACCUAAUAGCUGGGGAAUGCAGGGUUUUGGAAGACUUUUUCUGUCUAAACAUGCAUAAAACUGUACUCUUAAUGGCAGCCAUUUUGUGAGGGAAAUGGUACACAGAGAGAGAAGUGGUGAGGGAAGUGGUACACCCACUCCCUACCCCUUCAUAUUUCAUUUCCCUUUCUAAAUUGUCCCCCCUCCUCCAGCUUCCAUAGUUGCUUUUCACCAGCAAAGAAGACAGAAGCAGAUCCGGUUACAAGUCAUUCCGUGUGUCUGCUAUGGGCCUAAAGUUCAGCAUCAGUUAGGUGUAAAUAAAUAAAUAUGCUGCAAACAUACAGGAAAUACAAAAGACCUUCUGAGAAGUAUUUUGAAAAUGACACAGUCAAAUAAUGAUUCUUUAUGCAUGCACUUAGGCUGCGAUUGUCAGCCAUCUUACUCUAGCAGACUCCAUAUGGAGAGAUCAGGGCUUUACUGGUGCACAUUU